GCCCCGCAGCCCGGCCGCCGCAGGGCCGGCGGGAGCGAGCGGCAGCCGGCGGCAUGAGGCACGACCCGGCGCCCGGCUUCUCCAUGCUGCUCUUCGGCGUUUCCCUCGCCUGCUACUCGCCCAGCCUUAAGUCGGUGCAGGACCAGGCGUACACGGCGGCGGUGGUGCUGGAGGGCAAGGUGCAGUCCGUGGGCCCCCCCGCCGGCGGCGGCAAUGACAGCCGCGGAGCCGCCGGUCCCGACGGGGGGGUCGUGGUCAAGGUGCUGGACCUGUGGCCUCUUAACAGCGGCGGGCUGCAGCGGGAGCAGCUCAUCAGCGUGGGCUCCAAGGCGCCCUGCUUCAAAGUGAAGCGCAACCACCGCUACAUCUUCUUCCUGGAGCCCACGGAGGAGCCGCUCGUCUUCCGCACCGCCUUCGCCCCGCUCGAUACCAGCGGCAAGAACCUCAAGCGGGACGUGGCGCGGAUCCUCUGCGCCGACUGCGCUGUCCCUCCCAAACUGAAGAAACUGAAGAGCCCAAACGUCCACGUGGGGGAAAAGAUCUCCCUCAAGUGUGAGGCAACUGCUGGGAACCCUCAGCCAUCCUACAAGUGGUUUAAAGACGGCAAGGAGCUGAAGAAGAGCAAAGACAUCCGGAUCAAGUACGGCAAUGGGAAAAAGAUUUCCAGACUGCAGUUCAACAAGGUGAAGCUGGAAGAUGCUGGGGAGUACAGCUGUGAAGCGGAGAACGUUUUAGGGAAAGACACCGCAAAAGGCAGCCUGAAUGUGAAAAGUGGAACAACGAAAGCUCCACAAGUCUUUCCAGCCUCAGAAACUAAAAUAGUUAUUAUGGAAGAAGAGUUAACCACAACUCUCUCCUCCUGGUCUGGGCACGCCAGAAAAUGCAACGAGACAGCCAAGUCCUACUGUGUGAACGGAGGGGUCUGCUACUACAUCGAGGGCAUCAACCAGCUGUCCUGCAAGUGUCCGAUCGAAUUCACAGGAGACCGGUGUCAGCAUUUCGCAAUGGUCAGCUUCUCCAAGCAUCUUGGAUUUGAAUUAAAGGAAGCAGAAGAGCUGUACCAGAAGAGAGUUUUAACCAUCACAGGAAUCUGUGUUGCCUUGCUUGUGGUGGGCAUCGUCUGUGUGGUAGCUUACUGUAAGACCAAGAAGCAGAGGAAGCAAAUGCACAACCACCUGCGGCAGAACAUGUGCCCUGCCCACCAGAACAGGAGCCUGGCAAAUGGGCCCAGCCACCCGCGCCUGGAUCCUGAGGAAAUCCAGAUGGCUGAUUACAUCUCCAAGAACGUGUCUGCCACCGAGCACGUCAUCCGGCGGGAAACGGAGACAACCUUCUCGGGAAGCCACUCCUGCUCCCCAUCCCACCACUGCUCCACAGCCACUCCAACCUCCAGCCAGAGACAUGAAAGCCACACCUGGAGCCUGGAGCGGACAGAGAGCCUGACUUCAGAUUCCCAGUCUGGGAUAAUGCUGUCCUCAGUGGGAACCAGCAAAUGCAACAGCCCUGCCUGCGUGGAGGCCCGGGCCCGCCGCGGCGCCGCCUUCUGCAUCGAGGACUCGCGGAGGCCCUCCACGCAGUACCGCGACUCCGUGGACUCCCUGCGGGACUCACCACACAGCGAGAGGUAUGUGUCGGCCCUGACCACCCCAGCACGCCUGUCGCCUGUUGACUUCCACUACUCGAUGGCCGCGCAGGUGCCUACCUUCGAGAUCACCUCCCCCAACUCGGCGCAUGCCGUGUCCCUGCCGCCAGCAGCCCCCAUCAGCUUCCGCGUGGAGGAGCAGCAGCCCCUCCUGCGGCGCUACCAGCUCCCCUUCCAGGACUCGCAGCGCUACGACAGCUACUACCAAAGGAAGGCCUACCUGAACGACAGCAUGGGCAGCCUGCCCUCCAGCCCCUUCCGCAUCACAGAGGACGACGAGUACGAGACAACGCAGGAGUACGUCACAGCGCUAGAGCAGCCAAAGAAAACAGCCAGCGGCAACAGGCGCUGGAAAAAGGCCAAACUGAACGGGCACAUCCCCCACAGGGCCCGGGCCGUGCGGGACUCCUUCUCCUUCAGCAGCGCCUCUUACAGCGAGUCUGACGAGGAGCUGGUGGCCGAGAGCACUCCUUUCCUCGGCGCUCAGAACACUGAGGCGGCGCACAUGGAGUCGCCGCCGCCGCCGCACCGGCCGGGCGACAGCCGGACUCACUACGCCUGCCGCAGGCACAGCGCCCAUGGCGAGCCUGGGCGCGCUGGCCUGGCACACGCCGCACCCAAACCAGACCCGGAUCCUCUCUAGGCACCCUUCUAGACCUUGCGCGCCCGUGGACGGAACCUGCAUGGAGAAGGCUGAGGAGCGAGACGAGGCAAAGCAAGACAGAGCAGAACGAGACAAAACAGAACAAAAAUAAAUAUUUUUAUUUUAUAUAAAAGACGGAAAAAAAACAGACAAAAAAUAUAACAAAUAAAAAUGUUUUAUUUUCAUUUUAGCAAAAGUUGUCUUAUAAUAGCUGCCAACAAUGACUUUUUUAUAGGGAUUCUCUAUUUAUAUUGUAAUGUCUUGAUUUACAGCUUCCAAAAAAAACAAAAAAAAGAGAAAAAAAAACUAACAAAACCAAAACACAAAAGACAAAAAAAGAAGAAAAUAAAACAAACAAUAAAGUUAAAAAAAAAAAAGUGGGCCAAUUUUUGACUACUUCAAACAAACAAACAAAAAAAGCGGUCGAAAACAAAACUCUUGUGGUGCCUUUUUGCUGUAUGCUAGUGCUGGGAUUCAUGCCGAGGAUUCUGUUUCCGUAGCAUUUUUAAGGUCAUGGAUUUUUGUUUGUUUUUGUUUGGAGACAGCCCUGUCACCAAGGGUGCUCUUCUGGCAGCAGAAAGCAGCCUCCCCACCUUGCCCCCCACCCUGCUACCAGUGAUCUUAUUCUUUGAGGCAUCGUUAAACACACAUCCAGGAUGCGAGUGGGAGCAUUGCAACUGCGUUGAGGGGAUCUGUCUUGCCCUGUUAAAUGCUUCUCUUUUUGCUGCCAUCAGGAGGAGAAGCAGCCCACCAGCAGCGAGCAGAACGGCAGGAAGGAUCUGGAGCAAACCUAGAAGUGGGUAGAUUCAGCUUGGAUGUUAGGAAGAAGUUCUUCACCGCGAGGGUGGUGAGAGACUGGCAGAGUUUGCCCAGGGUGGUGGUUGAGGCCCCAUCCCUGGAGGUGUUUAAGGCCAGGCUGGAUGCGGCACUGAGCAGCCUGAGCUAGUGUGAGGUGUCCCUGCCCACGGCAGGGGCGUCGAAGCUGUAUGAGUCCUGAGGUCCCUUCUAGCCCUGGCGGUUAUGUGACUCUGUGAUUCCUUUGCCACGCAGGUCGGAAGAGGAAGCAAAAUCGCAAAGCAGCAGCAGCCCUUGCAGUAAAGCGCUCAGCCUUUAGCCACUUUGCUGUGGGUCUGAAGGUGGAGCGGCAGAGCUCUGUGGCCAGGCGAGGCAGACACCCGCUGGUGAAGCAGUCAGCUAGGUAGGGUGGCAGCCAGCCCAGCGAAGCCAGCCAUGGAAGGCGGACGUGGUGCCCUGGCAGGCAUAGUGGUCUCCACUCCGCUGCUAGAGCCCCGUGGCUGCGUUGCCCACCAGUGGCGCGCUUGCCCAAGGGCUGUAACCGCAGCUCGGCGGAGGUGCCACGGUGCCACGGUGCCACGGUGCCCCGGGGCCGCUACGCCCCGGCGCCUCGGGUGCCGCUGGAAGCGCUCCGGGGAGUGGCCCCGCGGCGCGGCCGUGGCUCAGGCCGGCCCUGCUGCCCCAGGCGCUGGCAGGAGUCCCUGCAGCGGCUGCGGAGGGCCCCGCGGGGCAGAGCGGCGGGCGGGUUGUGCCCUGCCCUGCCCUGCCCUGCCCUGCCCUGCCCUGCCUGUGCCCGCGGCUGUCUCCCUGGCGGCUCGGCGGCGGCACACUCGCGGCGGCUGCGGCCCUCGGCCCCGCGGUGCAGAGAGGCAGCCCCACGUGUGCGGGCAGCAGAGCUCCCCCGUGGAGGUGCCCCUGGCUCCGCAGUCCUCCGCAGCAAACCCGUUCCCAUUGUAGCCUGACUUCUGUUUCUUUCGGUGUUUUUACUCCUGCAUGUCCUUUGCAUUUCAGAUACUGUAGAUUGGAUGCAUGGUGCAGCUGUGACUGAGAAGACAAUACAACAACUGACAGUGUACUCCAUUUAACUCUUAGCAAUAAAGUGACUGAACCCUCUCCUCCUCGCCCUGCCGGGGUCCUUAGACAACUGCUCCUUUGUCAUGAGAUGAUUAUCCAAGUUUGCUCUGAAUGUCAGAACGACUGUUGAACACUUGAACAUUUUUUACAUGAUCAAUAAAACCAGAAGGAACGA